AUAUAUUAUUUUUCUUACCUCUUUUAGUCUAGUACAUACUCAAGUAUUUCAAUUCCAGGUUACCACCAAGCGUCCAAAUGGAUUCAUGUCUUCAGCUCGUCAAACACGUCUGGCUAAACGAAGCAAAAGAUCAGAAUUUUGUAUUUUCACCCUUUUCAAUUUAUGUUGCUCUUGGUUUGUUAACUUCCGGAUCAAAUGGAAGAACUUUAAAACAAUUGUUGGAGUUCCUCAAGUCCGAUAGCCUCGAUCAUCUUAAUUCAGUAAGUUUUCGACUAAUUAAAUCUGUAGAUCAAGCCCGGGUCUGCAGUGAAAGUGACGCUGGAACCAAACUGUCUUUCGUCAACGGUGUUUGGGUCGAUAAUUCAUGUACUCUAAAACCUGCUUUCAAAGAUGUUGCUACUUCAAUCUAUGGAGCUGAUGCUGAGGCUGUGGAUUUCAAAAAUCAGGCAAAAGAAGUUACAGCGAAAGUGAAUAAAUGGUUCGAAAAGGAGACAAAUGGACUCAUUCAAGAUCUCAUCCCUGAUGAUGCAAUCAACAAAAAUGCAAUGCUUGUGCUAGUGAAUGCACUCUACUUCAAAGGAUCUUGGAAGACAAAAUUUGAUCCAUCAAAAACAAUCGACUCAAACUUUUAUCUCAGCGACGAAACCUCGUCACCGGUUACGGUCCCUUUCAUGACCGACAGCUACGAAGAUCAUUUUGUUUCUUGUUAUCCUGGAUUCAAAGUACUUCAACUCCCAUACAAACAAUUCAAUUCUAUCAAUGUAAGUAACCAGCCAAAUGAUCAACAAGACAACUUUGCUAUGUACAUAUUUUUACCUGACAGACGAGAUGGACUAGGCAAUAUGAUUGAGCAAGUUAGUUCUGAUUCGGGUUUCAUAGACCUUCAUCUCCCAACUAGACGUGUUGAAGUGAGACAUCUUAAAAUUCCUAAAUUUAAGAUAUCAUUUGGGUUUGAGGCUUCCAGAGCUUUUAAAGAAAACAUGGAUCUAGAUUUGAUUUUUGAUUCUCGUCGAGCAGCGCUGACUGAGAUGGUGAUGCGCACUAGUCCAAAAUCCGAAGAUGGAUCCAGUAUUAACCUUGCUGUUUCAGGAGUUUAUCACAAGUGCUUUGUUGAGGUUGAUGAAGAAGGAACUGAAGCUGCUGCGGCAACUGCAAUUGUUUGUAUGCUAUUCUCGUUAAACGUAUCAGAACCCAUAGACUUCAUUGCUGAUCAUCCAUUCAUGUUUAUUAUAAGAGACAAUGUUAAUGGGGUGGUUUUGUUCAUGGGUCAUGUUCUUAAUCCCCUGUUGGCUUGAUUUCAUGAUCAAUGUGCAGCCCGAUGACCUUAAUUUGGUAGAUGAUGGGGUGCACAAGUUUAUGCGUCGGACUCAUGUAGUGUUGCUCUUGAGCUACUCAGUUUUGAGCUUGAGCGUGCUUUUCUUGGAUUUUAUGUUCUUUUUCCUUUCUUGUUGUUGCCUUGUGCCUAAGCCUUCUCGACAUUUCCGUUGAUGUAAUUUGUUUUAAUCCGGAAAGAAACUCUUCACUUA